AUGUACACGGAAUGUUAUCCGGAUGUGGGCGGAGAUGCCACGUGUAUAAAGAGGGUUGUACUAGAGGCUAAAGCAAUGGAGUGUCUUAUUGGAAUAAAAUGUGACGAUUUCGUACUUUUAGCUCAUGAUAAUUCAGCUGGACGGAGUGUCCUAGUAAUGAAACAAAACCAAGACAAAAUAUUCAAACUAGACGAGAAACUAGCAAUGGUUGUGUGUGGUGAUACUGGUGAUACCGUCUACUUUGGAGAGUUUAUACAGAAAAAUCUUGCCUAUUAUCGUAUCAGAAAUGGUUAUGCUCUUUCUCCUAAUGCAGCUGCUAGUUAUACUCGUCACGAAAUGGCCAAGAGAUUACGACAGGCACCUACUCUCGUUAACCUCAUAAUGGGAGGCAUGACCCUAAAACUAACAAAUGUUCCCUUUAUUUUAUGGACUAUUUGGGAACGUUAG